UUUUUUGAGCGGUUGACAGAGCAGGAAUAAUGUGCCUGUCUUUUAAUGCGUCUCUGCGGCGCAUAAUUCUAUUUUUAUGUCGUCUGAAAUUUAUUUUCCCUUUAUAUUUCCCAUGUUUGCUUUGCCUAUUAAUUCGUCUCAUAAGUGAUUUGUUUCCCAAGGUAAACAAGCCCAAUAGUUGUUUUAUCAUGUCAGUGCUUGGAGAAAUAUUUCAAGGUCAAAUCGCAUUUUCUUUGGCCUUGUCCUCACUGGAGGCAACUUUGAAAGAUGCGACUGCGACUAGUGUGAACGCAGAACUUUUGUUAUGGUUGUCUUAAUCCGGUGUAGACGCCAGGUGUUACAAAUUCAGACAAUUAUAAUUACAUUUCAUGCGUGACUGGUUGCUUGCAAAAGAAGCUCUCCUGAGGUCAUUGAAUUGCAAAUUUUCAAUUUGUUCCUAGCAACGCCGACAGCUCGCUGGUAGUGAGCACGAGAAGUUCGUAAACCUUUGUAAUUACUGUACCGGCGACCUUCCACUUGAUCAACAAGAAAAGAACACAUCAUUUCGGAUUUAACAUGGAAAAAUUGACUCUUCUGACAACCAACAUGGAGAUGUACCGUCAUCCGAGACAUGUACCAGGUUACAGUGGAUACACUCCGCGAGUAAAGUACACUUACGGUGAAACUUUUGGAAACACAACAGGCCGCUGGUUUCAAGAUUAUCGUGCCGCAGCACUGAACACAAGUAAAGAACGUAUGGGGAGGGGUGGGGAUAAAUUUCUGCCCUUUCCAACUUACUACACGAACAACCCUGAUCACGUAUUAGGGGCACGCACAAGCUCACGUGAUCGAUGGCUUGCGGCACCUAAAUACAAGCUUCUGAAUCUUGACGACAGAGACGGAGCUAUCAAAAAAUACGAUAAGGCUGCACAAUAUCACCGAGAUCACUACAAAGACAGAACAGACACAGUCCCACCAGUGAGAAUAUUUAUUCUACCAAAACUAUUUCACGACACCAAGUCCCAUAGAAUACCAGCAGAGGGCAAGUCCAUGAACGAAGAGAGAGCUUUAGCUUACGCCAACAAAGUCUACCGGACAAUGAAGAUCGAACCGCUCGCCAAGUCUUCCGUGGAAACACGCCGAAUACGCGACGUGUUCUUCGAGAAAAGAUAAUCUGGGCUGAAUAUUAAAUAAGUGUUUUGAAUGGUCAAUUAAUUGUACAUAGUUUAACUGAUAUUUUGGUUGUUAUUUAUUUGAGUGAGCAUUAAAUGAGUUUUGAAAUAAAUUUGUUAACAAAACAUCAGUGUUCUGCGUUUCGUUCC